CGGUUACUGCUUCAACCGUCACGUAUCACCAUGAGCUCCGAAGCCGCCCAUCUCCAUUGCCGUUUCUACCGAGAGCAAUUCCCUGAGAUUGACCAGUGCAUUGUGGCCUUAGUAAAGCAAGUCACUGACGUUGCAGCGUAUGUUUCCUUAUGUGAAUAUGACGAUAUGGAGGGUAUGGUUCAGCUUUCCGAGCUCUCUAAGAGGCGUAUUAGAUCUAUUCCUAAGCUCAUCAAAGUUGGACGUUUCGAUACGUUUAUGGUCUUACGAGUUGAUAAGGAGAAGGGCUACAUCGACCUCUCUAAGAAGCGUGUGUCGCGCGAGGAUGCUGAGGCCCUGGAUGUGAAGUAUUCAAAGGCGAAGACUGUCCAGUCCAUCAUGAGGCAUAUAGCAUCGACCCACGGCAUGUCUCUAGAGGAGGCGUGUUCGAAGAUCUCCUGGCCCCUCUACGAUAGGUUCGGUCAUGCUUAUGAUGGACUCUCUAAGCUUGUCGGUGACAACGCGGAUUUGAGCAUUCUGGAGGGCCUCGAAAUCACUCCGGAGGUUCGCGAGACUCUCCUUAAUGUGGUCACCAGACGAAUGGCACCUCAUCAGCUGAGGGUGAAGGCCAAGGUGGAGGUAUCAUGCUUCGAUUAUGAAGGUAUAGAGGCAAUCCAGAGGGCACUGAUUGCCGGUCGAACGGUCGCUAAUGACAAUUCUAAGGUUGGUGAUGAUGAGUCGUUGAAGGCCACUACUACGGUGAAGCUGAUUGCUCCUCCCCAGUAUUACAUUGUGACGACGUGCUCUUUGAGGGACGUCGGGUUUGAGCGUAUUGGUGCUUGCAUUGACGCGAUAAAGGAGUCCAUUGAGAAGGAGGGAGGCACCUUCGCAUUGAAACAAGCGCCUGAGCUCGUUGGACUGGAUGAGGAAGAGCUGGCGAAGCAGAAGCGGGAGGAAGAGUCCGAAUCUGAGAGUAGUGAUUCUGAAGAUGAGGAUGAGGGAAUGGGAGAUGCUGAGAUUGAUGAAAGCGCUUUCGCUAAGGCCAAUGAGGAGUAAUGUAUACGACUUGAAAGAAA